CGACACCAGCAACGUUAAUAAUUGACAGAGCCCAGAAGGAAAAGAGAGGGGGUGCACACGGCGGCACUGCGGCAACCACCAUAAAACAAUCCACAAAUGGCCGGUAGGAAUUACAUCCCACCAGAUGCAUUAAAAUUCAGACAAGAUUCUCACUCUCGCCGUGCGCCAAUUGAAUCUCCUCCGCGCCACCACCAGGUUGAAGACCGCAUCGCCGUCCACCACCGCGAAAUCCAAUCACUCCUCCUCGACAACCAACGCCUCGCCGCCACUCACGUCGCCCUAAAGCAGGAACUCUCUAUCGCUUUGCAGGACCUUCACCGUCUCUCCUCCGUUGCCGGCAAUGUCAAGGCCGAAAGAGAUGCCGAAGUGCGCGAGGUCUACGAGAAGGCCGUCAAAAUGGAGGCGGAAGCUAGAAUGACCGAUGAAUUAGGUGCCGAGCUUAUUCAGGUCAGAGGAGAUGUACAGAAAUUGAGUUCAGAGAGGAAAGAACUUAAUGAAAAGUUAAAUAAGGUUCACGGUGACCUUGCGAAAGAAAGGUCCAAAGGACAUCAAGUUCUGAUGAUCAAAGCGGAGAGAGAAGCCAUGCACAAAGAACUAUCAAGAGGAAGGGCAGCAGUUGAGUAUGAAAAAAAAGUGUAUGCAAGUAACCUUGAACAAAGCCAAGCAAUGGAGAAAAGCUUGAUGUCUAUGGCCCAGGAAAUCGACAAGUUACAUAAAGAACUUGCAGAUAAAAGAGCAAGGGCUGCAGCUGCAACUGCUACUACAGGAUAUGGUGCAGGAUUUGUGAACCAUGAUAUGGGUUAUGUUGGGAAUGCAUACACCAUGCAUCAGGGUGGAGUGGAUCCACAAUACGGGUCUGGAGGUUUACCCAAUGGUCCAUAUGAGAUGCAGCAACAUCACAUGGUUGAUCCUCAGUAUGGGCAUGGAGUUGUACCUCAGCCUCAAGGUGCAUUAGCAUAUGAUAUGCAACAGCAGCAUCCUCCUAAUAAUGCAGCACAUGGAUAAAAUUUGUAUUUGUAUACUUGAAAUAAGUGGUGGUGUAACGUUUUAAAAAAUUUUAGGCUUAGGCUUAGGUUUAGCAAGACAA